AUGCCUGCGGCCUCCGCUUCACACCUGGAGCUGGUCGACAGGGAGCUGCGGGCGGCGGCCCGGGUGAUAACCGGCUGCCCCGCCUCAACACCCGCCUUCGCCCUGCUGUCGGAGGCGGGCAUGCCCGCCGCAUGCACGCGCCGCUCGGUGGUGGCAGCCAGGCUACUGGGCCUGGCGAUGUCCCUGCCAGAGGGCGACCCUCUCCGAGCCCUGGCGGAGUCGACCCCGCCGCGCCGCCUCAAGACGACGACCGGAUGGAGGGACCGCGGUCGCGAGGCCCUAGCACGGGUCUGCCGCGGCGGCGCGCCGCUGACCUUUGAAGCGCGGCUAGCAACCGCCGGGCCGCCGUGGCGCGAUGUCCCCGGUGUGACCAUCGUCCUGGAGGUGGGUCCCGGGGGACGCCGCGACUGCCACCCGGACACAAGACGAGAGGCAGCGGAGAGCCGUCUGGCGGAGCUUCCGGCCGAGGCGACCUGGAUAUGGUCAGACGGCUCCGCCGCGGAUGGGGUGCUGAAUGGAGGAGGAGGAGCCACCAUCAUUUCCCCGAACGGCGACAUCAGGGAGGUGCGUGUCGCGGCAGGCGCCCUCUGCUCCAGCACCCGCGCGGAGCUAUUCGCCCUGAGAGCGGCGCUGGAGGAGCUCCUGAACAUGGAUGGCCGUGACACCUCCCUUCCGACUGUCGUCUGUACCGACUCGAUGGCGGCGCUGGCCCUCCUGCGGAGCGGCCCGGCGGCCCAGAGGACUCCGCUGGCCGCAGAUAUAUGGAGGCUGCUGGCCGCGCUCACCGAGGGGGGCCAGCCAGUAACCAUGCAGUGGGUCCCUGCACACUGCGGGCUCCCCGGUAAUGAGCGAGCGGACGCCCUCGCCCGCGAGGCCAGCGCCCUACCCCAACAUGACACUCCGAUCGACGGUGGCACGAUAUGCAAGGCCGUUGCACGAGACGCUGCGCGCGCCUGGCAGCAGAGCUGGCCGGACGGCUGGUACCGGGCGAUAUGGGCCGACCGCCGUCCCGGCCCCGUCCUGGAGGCCGACCGUGCCGUCGCGGUUGAUAUUCACCAGCUCCGAGCAGGACACUGGAGCGGCUCGGCGCAGUACCUGCACCGCAUCGGCCGCCGUCCCGAGGCCGACUGCCCGCAGUGCAAUGACAUGGGCUGCCCUGCUGCACGAUGCCGCGUCUGCCGCGAGGAGGCGGACACUCCACGACACGUCCUGCUCCGAUGCCCGGCGCUGGCGGGACGCCGCCUGCGGCGCCUGGGUAAUAUUCACCUGGAAGCGUCUAUGGCAAGGGACGACGGCGCGGUGGCGGCCUUGGCCGCCGGCUACCGCGCCCAAUUGAGCCUCAUCGGCUACGCCCCCUAG